UCUCUCCUUUCACCGAAGGCAAAUCCAGAGACAAGCUGGGCUGUCUAGCAACAAAAUCUCCCUUCCUCAAACAAGCGCUUAAUGGGGCCCCAGAGAUAGCUUCAAUCCAGAAUGACAAGACAUGCUUUCUAGCUAAUUCCUGUCAGGAGAACUCACAGAAUGAGGAGCUGAAACUAGACUUUUGUAUUCUAAUUUGUUUUAGAUUCUAUUUAUUUUUUUAGGGCACUUUUUGGGACAUUAACCUGGGAAAUAAUGGCUUCAUUUUUCCAUCAACUUAAGGUGCUAUUAUGGAAAAAUUGGCUAAGCAUCUACAGGCAGCCGGUGUGGUCUAUCGUACUCAUCUUCUGGCCUGUUGUCAUAUUUUUCAUUAUGGCAAUGACGCGAACUAAAUUUCUUCCUGUACAAGCAUCAGUCUGUUAUCUGGCUCCCAGGAAUCUUCAGAGUACAGGGAUGAUUCCAUUUCUACAGAGCUUCCUUUGUAACACAGAUACAAUAUGUAGUAACAAAUCGUAUGCGCCAAACCCAGUUACUACAACAAGCAGGUUAAAAAAACGGUUUGCCGAUUCAGGCGGAGGAGGUUCUGCAUUCCAGAUGAGAAGUUCUACUGGUGAGACAGCAAGCUCAUGGGACAGAACAGUGGCAAACGACUGGACAGCUGCUGUAGAAAUAAUCAAUACAGGAAAGUCCGUGAUGGAGGACAUUAGUUCAGGGGAUUUGAAAGGAGCAUUGUGCAGUACCAUCAAUCUGUACCCUACACAGCAAGCUUUACAGCAGUUUUGUCAGUCUAAUGAAACACUGGCCAGGUUCGUAAUGGGGGCACUUCUUUCACAGGCAAGCAACCUAUCAUCUACGCAGAUUCUUGCAUCUGUAACUAAAUACUCCACAAUGGUGGAAGUGUUACAAAGUAAAACAGAGUCAUGGAAUUUUCUGCUGAUGCUACCAGAAUAUUUAAAGAACCCACAAAGUUUUGCAUAUUCUGGAGAGUUCGUCCUCAAUUUUUCAACAAUUCCUCAGGAACUUUCCUACAUACAGCCCUGUGUAAAGAGUAUACUUCAAAUUAUUAAUCCAGUCAUCAUGCCAGCAAAUACAACUAAUGUAUCUAAUAUCCUGCAAACACUGUCUAACCAAUCAUUGGCCACUGAGAUGAAACCAUGCAUUUCCCUGUUUCAGAUGUUGCCUUGUGAAUCCAGCAAUGGCUGUCAUGCGGUGGAACAAACACAAACAUUUCAAAUAAUCUACUGGCUGAUGACAUCUUUGACUAAUGAGAAUUCCAGUAAUGCUUGUAAAUAUAAUUUUUCUAGUUUGGUUUGCAAUGGCUCCGUCGAUUGGAACCUUUUCCUGCAAAGUUCACUGACACUUUUAAAAGAUGUAUCUGGUAAUUCUUCAACAGCCGUUACAAGAUAUGUGCAGAAAAUAUGGACUCUCUUAAAACAGAACGGUGUAAACCAGAUAAUCAUAGAGAAGCUUCAGCAAGAAAUUAACAACACCUAUCCUGUGGAUACAGAGUUACAGAGUAUCCUCAAAGAAACGGUCAACCUGUUACUGAACAUUACUGAUGUUCUGACUAUGGAUUUCACUACAGAACAAUAUUUUGGAGCCCUUCAGGCAAUUCUAAUCAAGCUGGAAAAACUUGUUCCAACAGAACAAUUAGGAAACAACACAGGACUAAUCAAUAAUAUAACAGAAAGUAUCAUUAAUGAUGUUCAAUACUGGAUACGUCUGAAUGGCCUGUUUUCUUCAUCUAAUGUGUCUCUUCAAACGUUAGUAGAACUGCAGUCCAUAAUUGAAUCCUUUUCUACCAGCAGCACAGAAGCCGUUAAUUACUUCACAAAAUUUCUCCAAAUUCUUUCUGGUUUUAAUCAGACAACAAUCCAAGAAUUUACACAAAGUCUCCAAACACUUCAAAGCUUAAAUCUAGUUACUGCUAAUAUAACUGCAACACUGAAUCAUGUAAUUGUUCUCUUUGGUGAUAUAAUAAGUAACCCCAAUUCGAACGACAGCUUUGUACUUGCUGACUUUUACUUAAAGCAGAUAUUAAAUUUGUUGAACAGUGAUACUACCUUGCGGGAUUCCCUUGGAUUGCUAAGUAUUUAUUUUAACAACAGCCAGGCUGGUGAUUUCAGUAGAUAUGCUGCUAUUUUGUCAAUUUUCACACCAUCAAAUCUACAGGCGGUGGCCUCUAACCCCAGCAAGGCACCCUUGGCGUUGCUCAGUCUCAUCUCUGGUUUCAUUCCAGCUGAAGACCAACAGUUGUUUAAUAAAGUAGAAAAUGUGUUGGUGACUCUUCUGGAUUCCAUUUCCACUUGCCAAGUAGAACUCACAAAUUGUUCAAGUUCUGUUCUUAAGUACCAGCAGCAGUUGUACGAAUUUAUACAGUUCAUAAGUUCAACUAGUGGAGAUGUACAGCAAUUUCCUCAGUUAAACCAGUUCACUGAUGGCGAGAUCAAAAUUAUCAAUAGCGUGUUUUCAAUGAUUCUGUGUUCUCAAGCACAUCCUAACAAUGCCUCCUGCAACAAUGUCCAGGAUAUCUAUGGAGAACUGAGCUAUAUUAUAAACAUGACAUUAAAAACGGACCCUAACAUCCUGUCCAUCUAUUCUGCUUCAGAACAAUUUAAACAGAAUUUUGACAAUAUCCUUUAUGUUCUUGGAUCUGUUGACCUUAAAAAGCUGAUCUCUCAGCUGGAUUAUGUAAGUGGGCUGCCUAAAUGUUAUACAAAUAGAUCUGUUGAUCCUUUGAAGUGCACCUUAGACCUAAGUUUAAGUCUAAUGGAUCUUCUUGACAUGUUGCUAUUUCCUCAGCCUAUUAAUGACACUCUUGUUGCGGCUUCUUCUAUUAUUAGAAAUUGGCUCAGUGAAGUCAAUAGAACAGUGGAUGCCUACCAACAACUAAUUUAUAUGUAUGAUUUAACAAGCAUGGCAUAUCAAAAUCAGUCUGUGCUACAGCAAAUUGAAACAACUCUCCUUCAAAUUGUGCAGACUUUAGAGGAAUUAAGCACAAAUUCAACACUAGUUUCUCAAACUAAGGAGGAACUGGAGAACAUAAAAACUCAGUUUCAGACUAUUCAGUGGUACAUUCUUUACAUGAAAAAUGAGACAGAAACUUUCCAUACCUCUAGUAAUAUAGAUAGUUUUGUAACACUUAUAGAAGUCAUGAUAAACAAAACUCUGUCUCUUAUGAAAAGCAAUCCUUCCCUUGUACCUACAGUGAAUAAAAUACAGUCUGUAAUUAGCUGGUUGGAAAUGUCUCACAUUCUGCCUGCUUUCCAAAACAUGAUAAAUACGGCAUUGCAAAAUGGAGGUUAUACCAGUGACACCUUUAUUUAUAAUGCUACAGUGGUCUUUCAGCAGAUUAUUCAACAAGCAUUUGUCAGUGGAAGUCCCUGGAGCUCAUUUUUUAAUCAAAUCACAGACAGUGAAGCUAAGUUUGUGCUGCAGUUAUUACAGGAAUAUGAUAGGGGAGGGCUGAACAAUCUAUCUUCUGUUAUGUUAUUCACAGAAAAGGUCCUUCUGGCAGCUGAAAGUUUUUUGAAAGACAUACCUGAAAUCUCAACAUUAAAUUAUAACUUACAAGCAAUCUACAACAUAUCCCAUCAGAUCUUGGGUAUUGUGGAAAACAGAUUAAAUCAGAGUGUUCUAUAUUAUGUAUACAGUUUAUUGCUGGACAACUGGAGUGGAAACAUCUUUUAUGAAUUUCCAUUGUUGAAAACUAAGUUGAUGAGUCUUUUGAAUUCAAGCAUGCAGUGUUUAACAGAUCCAACAAUGCCUUCAAUAAAGCAGAACUGUUCAAGCACAGAUAUCACAAAUAUGUUGCAACUCAUACUGAACGAUUUGGGUUGUCAGAUAAUCCUGGAAGCACCCAAAAUUGAUGGUAAUGUUACACUUAUAAAUAUCUAUGAAUAUGCCCUUAAUUCCACAUGGGAAGAACAUAUUAAUGGCUGUACCAUCGAAAACUCAAACUCCAAAAAAGAACUGGCAUGCCUUGUUGAGACACUAGCAUCCACCCUCCAGUUCAUUUCUACCAUAAAUGAUCUAUCAGGUAUCAACAGUCCUUGGGUUCAAAACAUUGGUGAAGCACUAGCCAUGGUUACCAACAAACUUUCAACAAAAAAUAUUACCUGUGCAGCAAAGGAUAGUCAAAUUAUACAUAUAAUUUAUGAGGCACUUCAUAAUCAGUCAAGUCAUUUGGAGUCUCUGAUUUCAGUAUUUAUGAAUCAGACAGAACUGUAUAGCCAAAAUCCAUCAGAAUAUUCAAAAUACUUGAUCCAGGUGUUUAAUAUUUUAAAACUGUAUGGCUCCAUGCAUGAGCAGAUACUUCUAAAUGAAACCAUUGUUAACUUCUUGUACAACACGAUGCUGCAGUUGCUAGAAGUCACUCAAAACAGCACAAGUCCCACUAGGUGGCAACUGGUAUCAUCAAUGCUGAACACAGUCAACAAUAUUUCAUCCUUCCUUAAGACUACAGAUUAUCCCAUAGAGUUCCUUAAUUUAUUAAAUGUUGUCAACAGAGUUCUAAAUCUUACAGAUGACAUUGUCACACUAAAUGCAAACCUGUCACAUAUUUCACUUGUUAACAUUUUUGAUGGAAACUUUUCCAUGAUAAAUAAUCUUCUAAAACAGUUUCUUUUUAAAAUGAAUAUCACAUCAGUUGAUAAUUGUGCAAUUUCACUUAAGAACCUUUCUAGUUUGUACCACAAUAAUAUGAACCUAUCCAUCAAUGACAUGUUUUGUUCUAACCUUAGUUCAUGGACUUGCAAUUUAAUACUUGGCAAUAACUCUGGAUUUAAUUGGCUAAAGGAAUUGGAAAGCAUCUCAAGUAUGAUAAUAACAUCAACGUCAGGGUUACCAGCAGACUCUGCCAUGGAGAUAAUAACAUCCUUCACCAAGUUUGUGAAUGAUACCAAUAUGAACACUUUGGAGGCAUUUUUGACAUCCAUAGCAAAAUUCUUACAGCAGGAAGAACCAACCAGCAACUCGGAUGUAUACCAAUCUAUCCAAGUGUUACAUAGCUCUUUACAGGCCAUAAUAAAAGAAGCAUUGUUGAACAGAUCUGAGCCCAUGGAUGAAAUAAUCACUAUCAAUGUAAUGGGAGCACUGAGCAGCUUUCUUAGAAGCCUCAAUAUCACAGGCUAUGAAGGGAUCCUUACCUUUGCUUCUGACAUAUUACAGAUUUACUUUAAUAAUCGGAACAGCACAUUACCUCCGGAAAGCCUUGCCCAAAAGGUACUGGGACAUAUUUUAACAUCUUUCAAAGAAAGUGGCCUAGAAAAAGUCGCCAUUCAAGCACUGGAAAAUCAAAUCUUCACUCAGUCUUCAGAGGAACAGAAAAUUAUUCAGUACAUUAUUAGCAUUGUGAUGUCAGCUAUUAACGAGACCGCAUCCAGUGUGGCACUACAGCCACUAGAUAAUAAAACCAAUACUAUGGUCCAACUUUUUAUUCAAAUGUUAACUGAAAACCAAUCAAACACAACUGUACUGAGCCAAUUGGAAAAUUGGAUAAAUGCAACACAUAUUUUCAAUGAAAACAACCAAAUUCAUGGUCUCAAUAUUUCGGAAGUUAUAAACAGUCUAAUGAAAGGGAAUUUAAAUAAUGCGCAGGUUGAAGAAAUACUUUGGGCUUUACAGAAUGUCUUGUCUGCUCAAAACAUCACUGAUGGGUCAGACAUCUUUCACCUUUAUGAGUUUUUUGUAGGUAUUUUAAACCAGACUAUUGCUAUUGGACCUAUGAAUUUAACACAAAUGUUACAACCUUUCUUAACUAUGGACUGUGAAGGCAUUUCCAAAGUAAUUAAUUCUGUAUAUAUAAUGAUACAAAGGUCCAGUGCCUCUACCACAUGGCCAGUCAAUACAUUUGUUUCAAAUUUAACUAUGGAUAUGUGUCAAUUAUUACAAGGGAAUUAUUCACAGAAUAACUGGAUCAACAUUCUUCACACCUCCAGAGAAUGCGUUGCCUUUGUAACACCUCUUUUACCAGUCAGUGUAAGAAAGUAUUUUGCUGUAGUGGAUGACAUCAUCAAGGUGGCAAGUGACUUAAUAGCAGACCCAACUAUAUCUCUGAGCAAGAUAUCCUCUAUUAUGAACAUUGUAUCAGAUAUAAAUGAGUUGUUCAAUAACGCAUCAAGCUCACCCAACUGGACACAGAACACAGUUUUAAAUAAACUGGUUUAUUUCUUGGUGGAUCUUGCCUGGACAUCUGCAUCUGACAAAGAACUUCUUUUGUUCAAAACACAGAAUUUCUUUUUGGACAUAAUCCAGGACAUACAAAAUAUGCUUAAAUUACAGAAUGGUUCACCAAAUGAUGUUUGGAUAUCCUUUGCUCUGGAUGUGAUGGGAAUUUCUAUAAACACAACUCAAAAUACAUCUCUAGAAGAAAGAUUCCUAAAUAAAGUGUGGGAUUCCUUUAAACAAAAUGGUUUGGAGAAUGUGAUCAUCUCUACAAUCAGUCAUCUUUGGCCUACUAAUGGUUCAGCCAGCUCUGAGAAUGCCUACAUACUGGAACAUUUCAUACAGCUUGUCUUCAAUAUCACUGAUAUGAUCAUUUCUGAAACCCCAUCAAAUAUGACUACUAAUACUAUAGGAAAAGCUGUGAACAUAGUACUGAAUGACCUAUUUCAGAUCUUACUGGCACAAAAUAAGAACAUUUCACUCUUACUGGAUGAAGGUCUUCAGUAUGUUAAUAUGACUACAAUUCUGAAUGAGCUUGAAACAUUAAUUACCAGCUUGACCAUCAUGAAUAUUCCACAAAGCAUCUCAAAUGAAUCUGCAAUACUGGUAAACCUUCUUAAUGCCCUAAACCAAUCAAAUGUCAUGAAUAUCAUUGGCAAUAUUGCACAGAUAUUAACUACUUCUGAUAAUGUGAAGUACAUCAAGACAGUGAUGGGUGCAUUGGAAAUGUUCGGAGAAUUUGUCCACAUGAAUAACAGCACUGACAUUCAAGAAUUCUCUUCAAUCCUAGUUAAGUAUCUGCCUAUUUACUUGGAUACAAGCAACCAAACUCAAACUUCUGUAAUGCCCAUCCUCAAUUUGUGGCAACAGUUUACUAAUAUAACUAAUACACAAAUCAGAGAUACGAGCACAGCAAUUGUAGAGUUACUGCCUCUUUUCAAAUCCCAUUUUCUGCUAAAUGAAAGCAUUGAUGUUCGCAAUCUCUCUUCAUGGCUUGUUGGGAUUAUUGCUCAGUUGACACCACCAGAGGAACAGACCAGAUUAGAAAAUGCAGCAAAUGCCACUCUCCUACUCAUCCAGUCUAUUCAGGAAUGUAAUAUUACACCCAUGACCUGUACUGGGCUUACUAAAGUAGUAGAGAAGUUUAUGUCUGAUUUAAUACAGUUGGAGUUGGCAGGACAGAAUGCAACUUUGGUAAAUAACUCCCUCCUGCAGUUUGGAUCUUUUAACCAGUCAGAUAUUAAAAUGAUCAAUGAAGUAUUUCUGGUGUUGUCAUAUGCAUUAGGAUAUCCAUCUAAUUCUACAAAUGGGAAUGCACUUUUUGAAGAAUUUUCAGCUUUGACAAAUUUACUCUUAAACACCACAAUAAUGGAUAAUCUAAAUAUCACUUCUCUUUCAUCCCUAAAGAAUAUUGUAGAUGUGCUCAAUUCUGCCAAUGUUACACAAAUUCUUCUUCAGACAGAAAACCUUCUACAUGCCUACAUAUGUAUGAACCAAACUGAUGCAAACCCGUUAUUGUGCAAACUUAAUGUGACUUUUAAAUUAACUCAGCUCAUGAAUCUGCUGCCCUUGGCACAAUCAACUCAUGAAGGCUUAGCAAUUAUAACUUCUAUAACAGAGCAAUGGCUAAGCAAGCUUAAUAUCAAUACUUCAAUCUAUGAACAACUUAUUGAUCUCUACAAUGUCACAGUUUUAACAUUUCAGUACUAUCCCACACUACAAGCAAUAAACACUUCGUUGGUUAAUAUUGUGCAUAUACUACAGGACAUGGGUUUACUACUCAAUACAAGUUUACACGGAUAUGAUACUGCAGUAAACCUGCUCUCUGAGAUGGUAAAAGUUGAAUCCAAAAUUGUGUACAGUGUUUCCAAUUCAUCCCAGUUAAACAUUAGUGAGCUAUUAGAGACAAUAAAAUUGGAGCUGGAUACCGUAAACUGGUUAUUGCUUCAAGCAGAAAAUCAGACAGGAACUUCAGCCAGCUUUCCUGGAGCCUACACAAUGCACACAGUAACCCAAUGGAUUAUACAGAACUACCAGCAGCUGACCAUAAUAGUAAAAGACGUGGAAGGUUUAAUUAGUUCUUUUAACAGCAGCUCACCCAAUACAACCAUUGAUGCACUGAAAGCAAUAGUGGAAGAUUUCCUGAUAAUGUUUCCUCCACAAACUGAAGAUGUUCAACUAAUAGAGUCUUUAGAAACUGUAAUAAAUGUGACAGACAUCUUGCUACAAAUAACUAGUCAGGAUACAUUAAAUAAACUUGAAACUUUUAUUAACAGCUUGAAAAAUUCUGCAUUUCAGUUCAAUAUAUCAAAUGGCCCUUCUACACUAUUCAACAUCCUUUCUGGGUUAAAUCAGACAGAUUUCAUUUUCAAAAUAGCCAAAGUUAUCCAGGGUGUCACAGGAAGGGAUGUGCAAUAUGGCAAAAUGUUCAGGAAUGCUCUGAUGAUGUAUAACGAUUUGAUCCAACUGAAUAACACGACAAAUAUGCAAGAUCUCUCAGCAAUCUUUACUAAAUAUCUAUCCAUUUUUUCAAGCUCUAUGAACCAGACACAAGCUGAUCUGAAUGUUAUUCUUAAUCUAUGGCAAUACCUUAUUAAUCUGACAGAGAAACAAUCUAACCUGAACCAAGUUGUUAUAGAUAUACUACCAUUUUUCCAAUCCCAUAUGUUCUUGAAUGGAAGCAUUGAUGUUAGCUAUCUGGCUUCUGGGAUUGUCAACCUGAUCUCUCAGUACAUACCGCCAACAGAAAAGGACAUGUUUGAACACGCAGCUAACGCCAGUCUGCUCCUCAUACAGACAUGCAGUGUUACGCCAAUGACCUGCACAGGUUUUGUUGAAGACAUACAGAAGUUUGUAUCUGAUGUGACACAACUGGAGUUAAUGAUUCAGAACAAAACUCUGGUAAAUAGCUCUCUUCUUCAAGAGUUUGGAUCCUUUAGCCAGUCACAAAUUACAUUGAUCAAUAACAUUUUUCUGAUGCUGUCACAAGCAUCAGGAUCCCCAUAUAAUUUUUCCAACAAUGGAAGUGGAAUUUUUGAAGAAUUUUUUACAUUGACAAGAUGGUUUUUGAAUGCAACUAAUGGGAACAAUAUAAACAUCACUUCUAUUACAUCCCUACAGAACAUCAUAGAAAUGCUAAAAUCCAUCAACAUCACACAAGUUCUUCUUCAGUCAGAAAACCUGCUCCGUACUUACAAUUGUAGUAACAGUUCUGAUGUAGAACAAUUGCAGUGCAAACUAAACAUGACAUUUUAUUUUACACAAUUCUUGAACAAUUUGCCACUGGAGGAGACAACACGAAAUAAACUGGCAGCUAUCUCUUCGGUAGCAGAACAAUGGCUAAGUCAAUUGAAUAAUAACAUUUCCAUAUAUCAGCAGCUCACUGAUCUCUAUAAUGUCACAAUUCUUGCGUUUCAGUACCAACCAACACUGCAAGUAAUAAACACAUCUCUUGUGGGGAUUGUUCAAACGUUACAGGAUAUGGGUGUACUAUUAAAUUUCAAUUUAAAUGAGUCAGAUUUUGCCAUAAAGCUGCUCUCUGAGAUGACAACAGUCAAUUCUAAACUAAACAUCUUUAGCCUUUCCAGUUUGUCACAAUUAAACAUCACUGAAGUUUUGGAGAUUUUACGGCUGGAAUUGGAUACAGUAAACUGGUUAUUGGUUCGGCUUGAAAAUCAGACAGGAGCUUCAGUUACAUCCCCAGGUGCCUUCACCAUGCAGACUAUAAAUCAGUGGAUUAUGAAUCAUUACCAACAGAUAAGUCUUAUUAUAAAAGAUAUAGAAUCUGCAAGUAAUUCAUUUACCCUUCUUGCACCUAACAGUUCAGUAGAUGCACUGAAAACAAUAGUAGAAGAUAUUCUUACAGCUUUCCUUCCACAAACAGAGAAUGCACAGCUGACAGAAAUUUUACAAACUGUGCUGAAUGUGACCAAAAUCCUACUUGACGUAACCAGCCAGGAUACAAUUAGCCAGCUAGAAAUGUUUGUGAAGACAUUAGUAUUCCAAUUUGAUAUAUCAACUGACCCAGGCAAAUUAUUCAAUAUGUUAUCCUUUUUGAAUCAAACAGAUCGUUUAUCACAAAUAGUCAAACUAGUAAAAAGUGUUAUUGCUUCCAAUAACAUACCAAAUAUAAAAGUCUAUCUGGAUGCACUAAAGAUGUUCAAUGAUUUGCUCCAGCUGAAUAACACCAUAAAUAUUCAGGAUAUUUCUAACAUUAUUACUAGGUACUUGCCCAUUUACAUGGAUGCAAGUAACCAGAUGCAAAAUUCAUCAAAGUUUAUAUUUAACUUUUUGCAGUAUCUUCUAAGUUCAAUGAAUACACAGUCAGGUGAUCUCAGUAAAGCUGUUGCUGAAAUAUUACCACUAUUCCAAACACAUAUUCUAUUUAAUGAAAGCACUGACAUCUACAAUCUGUCUUCUUGGCUUGUUGGAUUAAUUUCACAGUAUAUACAACCAACUGAACAGGACAGGUUUGAAAAAGUGGCCAAUGCCACUCUCCUCCUCAUUCAAUCCAUGCAGGUGUGUAGUACCACACCUAUGAUGUGUACAGGACUAAUUGAUGGAGUACAGAAGUUUGUAUCUGAUGUGACACAACUGGAGUUGAUAGCACAGAAUGAAACUCUGAUAAACAGCACUCUUCUGCAGUUUGGAUCCUACAACCAGUCACAGAUUGCAAUAAUCAAUAAAGUGUUUCUGGUGCUGUCACAUGCAACAGGGUAUUCAUUGAAUGCUUCUACAGAUCAAACCAACCUUUAUGAAGAAAUUCUUAUUCUCACAAAGUUGCUACUUAACACAACAAUUAAAGAUAAUCUAAAUACCACAACAUCUACAUCUCUGAAGAAAAUUCUCAAAGUACUAACAUCUACCAACAUCACACAAUUCCUUCUUCAAGCAGAAAACAUAAUCCACAGUUAUACUUGUUCAAAUCCAACUUCUAUAGAGUGCAGACUGAAUGUAACAUUUCAAUUCACACAUCUCCUUCAGCUGGUACCACUAGCACAGUCAACUCAAGACAAUUUAGGAAUCAUCUAUUCUGUAGCUGAACAAUGGUUAAGUCAGGUUAAUAGUAAUUUGUCAGCAUCUCAAAAACUUGCUGACCUUUAUAAUGUCACAAUUCUAGCACUUCAGUACCACUACCCAAUACUUCAAGCAAUAAACACAUCUCUGGUCAAUACUGUUACAAUAUUAAAGGAUAUUGGCAUAUUUAACUUCAAUUUGAAUACAACAGACUUAGCCAUCAGCAUUCUAUUUGAUGUGAUACAAAAAGUUGAUUCUGAAAUCAGUAUGUACUCCCUUACCGACGUGUUACAGUAUAAUAUCAGUAACACUCUGGAAAACAUAAAGUUUCAGUUGGAUACUGUCAACUGGUUGCUACUUUGGGCAAAAAACAAGUCUGAAGGGUUCAAUGGUUCUACAGCAGCCAUUCAAAUCAACACAACUGCAAAAUGGCUUAUCACUAUUUCUGAACUGAUUACUUCAUUCAAUAGAAGCUCCAUUGUGACAGACCUGCUGCACAUUUUGAGUUUAACUAUGUCAGAUAAGCCAAUCCAAGGUCUUAUACAGCAAGCUGGCACAGAAAUCCAGAGUUUUAUGAAUAUCUCUUUUAUUAGAAAUCUGUUUAUGAAUCAGAACAUCCAAAAAGAUGCUGAAAUAGCUCUGAUGCUGCUACAAGAAAUUAACAGAAACAACAUAUCAUAUAUUCUAUCAUCUAUUAAUCAAGUAAUACAAACUGUACAAGGUGUACAAGGGCUUGAAUUGGCAUACCAAUUGUACAGCAAUACCACCACUGUGAAAAUCCUCACAAUAGUAAAGGAAGGUAUGAGGAUCAUUAAUGAAAUCGAGGCAAAAGGGACAAUAGGAAAAGAAGCCAUCUAUGAAAUAUACAAUUUUACAUAUAUGUUAGUUCAGGGAGAAUGGAACUGGGUACCAUUCCAAAACAUAUCUGCAAUGGAAGCUGAGCUGCUGGAUGUCUUCUAUAUGGCUAUGAAACCUUUCCUAGGUGGCAAUUGGACCCAAGUCUAUACUGGUAACUGCUCCCCACAUGAUGUUCUACAAAUACUUGUGCAAACAGUUUUUAAAAAUGCCACAACCAAACUGACACUAGAGAACACAACAUGUGACUGGCAGUUAAUCUAUAACAAUUCUGAAAUUAGCUCAAUCAGUAACCAAUCACUAGGAGAUAUGAUCUAUCUGGCAUUGCAGAGCUCUCCUGUUUUCAACAAUGUCUGCAGUAAAGACAGUUUGCAUCCUCUAGCUGAAGAGUUAGCAUGCUUAAUGCAAGCAAUGAGGCUCUCCAUAAGCCUUCUGGCAGAUUUAACUAAGAUAUCAGGUUUACAAAUACCACUAAUUCAGUCACUGAAUGAUAGCCUGACUUUUAUCUGUAACAACAUGCCAGUUCACAAUUCUACAUUUCAGCAGGAAACUCAGUUAUUAAAUACUCUUAAUAUAAUGUUUUUAAACCAAUCCAACCCAAUGCACAUUUUUAUUCAGUUUCUUAUUGACCAUUACAGUUCCCCUGUAGAAAUGUCAGAUUUGCAGCAGAUGUGGGCACAAAUCUCAAAGAUCAUCGAUGUUCUUGCCCCAAUAAAUUCAUCUUUAAAUGCAAACAUUAAUGAGCUAGUUGCAGCAACUGCGAAUAUGACUGUUCAACCAGGAUGGUUUGAAUCAUGGCAAAUCUUAAACAAACUUAUUGCCAUGAACUGGACAGCUGCUAAUAUUGACGUUUCCCUGGCUGCAUUGAAUCAACUGAGAAAAGCAAUUAUACUCAUAGACAGUGGGUUGGAUAUAAAAACAAUCCAGAUUUAUCAGACAAUUGUUUCUUUAAUGAAAAACUAUCCAGUAAUAAAUGACACUAUGUCCUUAACACCAGAAUGUACAUCUGCCCUAAGUGCAGUGGUCAACUUAUUUCACUCUAUCUGGACAGCUUUUGAUCCUACAAACACAUAUCUGGAUAAAGAAUUACUCUCUAACUUUAGUCUACUGGUCUGUGAUAGCUUCCAUAUACAACCUGCAAAUAUAAGUACCUGGAUUUCACCUCUAGAAACAUUUAAGAACAUUUUGCCAUACCUGGCAACCAACACAUCAACUGAUAUAGUAAAUUACAUUACUGGUUUAGAGAAGAUCAUCAUGUUUGUUUCUGAUGCCGUUAACUCCCAAAAUAUUUCCCAGGAGAUCAUGUUUGGAGGUGUUUAUAAAGUCUUUAUCCAAGAACUGAAGAUUUUUAGUAAUGAUUUCAUUAUUGCAGACUGGAUAGAAAUGAUACCUGUAAAUCAAAUCAUCCCUAGUUUUACAAAGAGUAUCACAGUGGAUCAGACAAUUGCUAUAGAAAGGGAUAUUUUGCUUAUGCUGUCAAAAACCCUCAAUGCUACUUCAUACUCAGAGGGAAUUUCCAUGUUAUCUGAUCUAGUCGCUAAUUUGUCCAGCAGCACUGUCAACCAAAGUACAGCCACCAGUUUCAUUCAACAACUUCUGAACCUUAUAAUAAAAUUCACAGUUACUGUGCAAGUUCCUCCGCUGGCAGAACCUUAUGGAACUGUAAUGAACUGCUUGAAGAAUGUGACUCAAGACCUCUCCAGCAAUCUGAGCGGGCACCUUGAAGAAGCAAUUCAGCUGGCCAAGGAUUUGUUUACUCAAAGCAAUGAAUCAGCAAAUGCAUCAGCAAUUCCAGACUUACUCAAGCAAAAGAUGUACCAACUCCACUACCUGUCCAGUAUAAUCUGUGGAUUGGAAGGCUCAAACAACUCACUGACAUACUGCUAUAUGCCCUGUCAGUAUAUUUCACUGCUGCAGGAUGUGGGCAACCUGUUGUCUUCAGGAGCUAAUGUCACCAAGACAGCUAUUAGUUCACCAGCAAUAAUAACAUCAUUCCUGGGUAGCCUAUGGCAGGUCUUGGAAAAUGAAAUGAGUGUCCAGCUGAGCACACUUCUUCCGGUGAGCGACCUUUCAAAUAUCACUGCAUCACUCAGCCAAUUUAUCAAUACUACAAGUACAAAUUUUGAAGCAAUAUUGGCAAACGUUUUCCGGAACAGCAGCCAUGUGGAGAAUGAGCUAGCUCAAUUUGUAAAGCUGAAUCAGUCAAGUAUUACAGCUUUGAUGAACGUGCCAAUCCCUGACAACAAAACUGAUAUUGGUACUUGGUUUACCAUUCUAAACCAGUGUAGUAACAACGCUUCAUUAGUGGCCAAACCGUUCCAAGUGUUUUGUAAUCUGACUGCAGAGCAGGGAUAUGAGAUGGCCAUAAUAUUCCUGGAGAAUGUGGAUCUUCUGAAAUUAUUUUAUAGAUUGGCAGUUCCAUCAACAUGGCAAACAAGCUUUGACCUUAUCUUAUCCGCACUGCAAGCUCUGCUUAAUAAAGUGGACAGUUUCCUAAAAGAUAUACCAUCAGAGGAGGAAAUAUCCAAUUUGCUGAGCUUAAUAAAGAACUUUACAGGCGUAUCAACUACUUCAAGUACCAGGAGAAAGAGGAGUCUAGAUCCUUCAGGAACCCUUCGAGCCAGCACACUUUCCUUUACCACCCUCUCCAGAAUUGUGUGCAGCGGAAAUACGACGCUUCUCAGCCAAGCCCUCUAUUCUAUGUAUACUUCAACCAGAUCAGCUACAAACUUCAAGAGUGGACGAGCACAAACUAUUUAUGAAACAUAUGGAAUUCCUACUGAUAAUGCCUUUUGCGCAAACUUAUUUCUUAACCUAGUAGAGAGUACUAGUGGUGCUGCCACCUGGAUGUUGAUGAAGCCUCUGUUAUAUGGACAGAUACUUUAUACACCACACACUGAUGUAACAGAGAAGAUUAUGAAUAAGACCAAAAACUCUUUACUUCAGGUGGAGGAUUACAUGAAUACAGUAAAGAAUAUAUCUAAGAGCAUACAACCAAUUCUGACUAAUUGGCCUUUUAUGAAGCUAGCUCAACAGCUCAUUGGAACAAUAAAGACAUUGCUGAAUAAUACUGUUAUAAGUGGAGUACUGGAGGAUUUCUUGAACCUGAAUGUCACAGACCUGUCUGAAAAACUAAACAAAACUGAUAGCUUCAUCUCACUUGUUGGAGAUAAUUUAAAUUUAAUUCAGGCAUUUCAAAAUAUAUGUGAUGUACUGUUGAACCUUAUGUCCUGCGUAUCCUAUGACCGUCUUCAACCUAUGAACUCCAUUGAAGAAAUGAUGACCAAAGCGAACCAGCUUCAGGGGACCAACAAUCUAUUUGCAGCUGUGUCCUUCAAUCUUUCAUCCGGGAGCAGUAGGCAGAAACGUGAUCUAUCGAACAUGCCCAAGCAUAUCUCUUACAGUAUCACCAUGCGUUCCCUACUUUCUGAAAACACUAAUACCAUCAGAGAUUCUUUCUGGGUUCCUGGACCCCACAGUUCUACGAAUAUGUACAGCCGUGGCUUUGUCUACCUACAGGAGAAUAUUGAUAGAGCCAUCAUUGAAAUGCAGACAAAUAAGAGUGUGGAUAAUGUUGCAGUACAAUUCCAGCCCAUGCCUUACCCUUGCUACACAAAAGACAGUUUCCUCUUCAGCAUGUCCUUCUCCCUCCCCAUUGCAUUGAUGAUUACUUGGGUCCUUUUUAUAGCAUCAUUUGUAAAAAAACUUGUACAUGAAAAAGAACUUAGACUACACGAGUACAUGAAGAUGAUGGGAGUCAGCUCUUGCAAUCACUUUUUUGCUUGGUUCAUUGAAAGUGCAAGCUUCCUGACUGUCACAGUUAGCAUUCUUGUCAUCAUUUUAAAAUUUGGCAAAAUUUUGACACUAAGCAAUGGAUUCAUCCUGUUCCUGUUCUUCCUGGAUUAUAGCUUAACGAUCAUUGCCAUGAGCUUCCUCAUCAGUGUCUUCUUCCACAACACAAAUGUGGCAGGUCUAAGUGGCAGCCUGAUCUAUAUAAUUACCUUCUUUCCAUUUAUUGUGGUAGUGUCUAAAGAAAGCAGUCUGUCCUUUGCUGGAAAGACCUUGCUGAGCCUUUUCUCUCCAACUGCAUUGAGUUAUGCCACACAGUAUGCUGUUCGUUUUGAAGAGCAAAAUGAAGGGAUUCAGUGGCAUAAUAUGUAUACAUCAACGACGCUGAAUGACAGUUUUAGUUUUGGCUGGUUGUGCUGGAUCAUGCUGAUAGAUUCCAUGAUUUACUUUAUGAUUGGCUGGUACAUUAAAAUUGUUUUCCCAGGACAAUAUGGUAUUGGUGCUGUUUGGUAUUUCCCUGUUCUGCCAUCUUUCUGGAUGGAAUGUUGUGGAUUCCAAAGUGUGUGUUCCAAGAAACCAAGUGGACUGUUAAUGUCUAACAUUGUAGAACAUGGCGUUUCUGAGAAAAAGGGAGAUGAACUUUAUCCAUAUAAGGAGAAGGACCCUACUGAUCUGAAUUUGGGGGUCUCUCUUCAUGGCUUAACAAAAGAAUAUAAGUCAAAAGUCGCUGUCCAAAAUCUGAAUUUAAAUUUCUAUGAAGGCCACAUUACAUCGUUACUGGGUCACAAUGGAGCUGGAAAAACUACCACACUCUCCAUGCUGACAGGACUUUUCAGUGCCACAUCAGGCACCAUAUAUGUCUAUGGUGAGGAUAUCCGUACACGCUUAAGCCAAGUCAGAAAGAACUUAGGUGUCUGCAUGCAGUAUGAUGUGCUGUUUGACCACCUCACCACUAAGGAACACCUGCUGCUGUAUGGAUCUAUUAAAGCUCCAAAAUGGAACAAGACACAGCUCCAUGAGGAAGUAAAAAGAACAUUGAAAGAAACUGGACUAUACAGUCAUCGACACAAGCCUGUAAAGACCUUAUCUGGCGGCAUGAAGAGGAAGUUGUCUAUUUGCAUAGCCCUAAUUGGUGGCUCCAAGGUUGUUGUUUUAGAUGAGCCCACUACUGGAGUAGACCCAUGUUCAAGGCGCAGCAUCUGGGAAGUCAUUUCCAAAAACAAGAAAGAUAAAACAAUAAUCCUGUCCACACAUCACCUGGAUGAAGCAGAAAUACUGAGUGAUCGCAUUGCCUUUCUUGAGCAAGGGGGUCUAAGGUGUUGCGGCACCCCAAUGUUCCUCAAAGAGAAAUUUGGAAGUGGAUACCAUCUCACGCUCACCAAAAAGUUCCCCAACCAGAAGGAUGAUAGGUUAUGCGAUACUGAGAGGGUGACGGCUCUUAUCCAAUCACAUAUUCCUGAAGCAACACUAAAAGAAGAUGUGGGAGGAGAACUUGUCUAUGUCUUACCGCCAUUCAGAGCUGAGAUAUCAAGUGCCUACUUAUCUCUACUCCGAAAUUUGGAUGCUAACAUGCAUGAUCUGAGUUUAGGCUGCUACGGCAUCUCAGAUACAACUAUAGAAGAGGUGUUCCUAAAGCUGACUGAUGGACUUGAUGAGGAUGACCAGAAUUUCUCCCACAGGGCUGUACCUAUUCCUAGUAACAAUUAUGUUAUGGAGGAUGAAGCUUCCACAAGUUCUUAUAGUUUUACUGAUAACGAUGACAGACCUCUGACCAAGAAAGAACGUGUAAAAGGAGUGAAGCUCUUCUUUAAGAAGGUUGGGGCCAUUUUCAUUAAGAGGUUUCAUAAUUCCAGGCGGAACUGGAAAGGCCUAAUUUCUCAGAUCCUCCUCCCGGUGUUGUUUGUUAUUGCGGCUAUGGGCCUUGGGUCACUCUCAGCAAGUACUGCAGAAUAUCCUAAGCUCUUGUUAUCUCCCGAAAUGUAUGGCACCACAGAGCAAGCAGUGGUAUUUGGCAUAAAUAACAAGAACAGUGAAAGUUUGAUGAAUUCGAUGUUCUCAUUCCCUGGUAUAGACAAUUUCUGCUUGGACAAUGCAGCGCAAUGCUUGCCUGCGAACAGCUUGGGGUCAUGGAACAACUCUGAUGUGCAGAUGUCCACAUAUAACAACUGCAACUGCACAGCUGGAAUCAUGUCCUGUGAUUCAUUUGGUGGCACUCCUCCCCACCGUAUGACCUUCUCCAAACAGAUGUUGUACGAUGCCUCUGGAACAAACAUGGAAAACUAUCUUCUCGCAACAACCUUGCAAUAUAUACAGAAGCGAUAUGGAGGAUGGAGUUAUGGCCUUCCUAACUCACAAAUAAAAAGUUUUCUACCUCUACCUGAAAACCUAACUUUAAGCAAGGUUUGGUAUAAUAAUGAGGGCCGUCACAGUCUCCCAGCAUUCCUAAACAGCUUCAGCAACUUCCUCUUGAGAGCUAAUCUACCAAGUGAUCAGGCUGCACAAUACAGUAUUUCUGUCUACAAUCAGCCCCUUCCUGGAUCUGUGUCUCAAUCUUCUACGACCAUUACCUUGGUGAAUACGUUGGUGGCACUUUCUGUUCUGGUUGGCUACUCCAUCACUACGGCAAGUUUUGUUACCUAUGUUGUGAAAGAGUACGACAAUGGUUCAAAGAGACUGCAGCACAUUGCCGGCGUUGGAGAGGUCCUUUAUUGGAUAACAAGCUUCCUCUAUGACUUGGCCAUCUACUUCAUACCAGUUGGCCUUUCCAUUGCAAUGAUAGCAGCCUUUAAACUUCCAGCAUUCUACAACUACCCCAACCUUGGAGGAGUGUCUCUGCUGUUUAUUUUGUUUGGCUAUGCAACUUUUGCCUGGAUGUAUCUGAUAGCUGGAACUUUCAAGAACGCUGGCAUGGCAUUCAUUACUUACGUGUGCAUCAACCUAUUUAUUGGCAUCAAUACCAUCAUCUCUUCUUCUGUAGUGUAUAUGCUUCUCCAGCAGACAAGUACAACUGACGAAAAAUACCAGAGCCUGAAUACCACAUACACUGUCCUCACAAACAUUUUUAAGGUCUUCCCUCAGUUCUGUUUUGGUUAUGGGCUGAUUGAACUAGCACAGCAACAGGCUAUACAAGACCAGUUAGCCAUCUUUGGAAGUAGCGAGAAAGUGAAUGUUUUCGACAUGGACAUACUGGGAUAUAUGUUUGUGGCCAUGACUGUCCAAGGGACAUUCUGCUUUCUGCUACGACUGUUAAUCAAUGAUGGAAUAAUCUACAGUGUUAAGACUUUCUUCAAAAAACUGUUCAAGCUGUACCCCCGUAUUGUGAAAGAUCCAGAUGAAGAUGAGGAUGUAAAAGCCGAGAGAGACCGAGUAGACUCUGGUUGUGCAAAUGAAGAUCUUUUAGUUCUUGAAGGUUUAACCAAAGUUUACCAUCAGGUCAACAAAAAAGUGUUUGCUGUCAACAACACGAGCCUGGGAAUUCCACCUGGAGAGUGUUUUGGACUGCUCGGUGUAAAUGGAGCUGGAAAGACCACAACAUUCAAGAUGCUCACAGGAGAUACUUCACCAUCUAGUGGAAACAUCCAAGUCAGGAACUACAUGGGGAAUAUGGUGAAUGUUUUAGGAUUCAAUACAGAAUGGUCGUCCUUUGGGUAUUGCCCUCAGGAGGAUGCACUGGAUGAACUCAUGACUGGAUUGGAGCACUUAUAUUAUUAUGCAAGAAUACAUGGAAUCCCAGAAAAAAGGAUCAAAUCAGUGUCCAACCAAUUACUUCACAAACUCCAACUUGUUCAAUACAAAGACCGAAUAACUGGCAGCUACAGCUGUGGUACAAGAAGAAAACUUUCAACAGCUCUUGCCCUCAUUGGAAAACCAUCAAUUCUUCUUCUGGAUGAGCCAAGUUCAGGAAUGGAUCCGAAAACUAAAAGGCAUCUCUGGAAGAUUAUUUCUGAAGAAAUUCAGGAAAAAUGUGCAGUGGUGCUAACAUCUCACAGCAUGGAAGAAUGUGAAGCCCUCUGUACAAGAUUAGCAAUCAUGGUGAAGGGGAAGUUUCAGUGCAUUGGCUCCUUACAGCACGUAAAGAGCAGGUUCGGAAGUGGGUUCACCGUGAAGAUGCAUCUCAAGGACUCUUCCAUCAUUAUCAAGACAAUCACCGACUUUAUGCACUUUCAUUUUCCAAACACUUAUCUAAAGGAUCACCACUUCACCAUGGCAGAGUACCAUGUCCCUAUGUCUGUAGGAGGAGUCGCCUGUAUAUUUGACCUUCUCGAGGCUAAUAAAACAGCCUUGAACAUCAUUAACUUUUCAGUCAGUCAAACAACUCUGGAUGAGGUUUUCAUCAACUUUGCUCAGGCCCAGACAACCCCUGAUAAUUCCAGUCUCGGCAGUGGUAGCAGCCAGGACUUACGGGUGGUGGUUGCAUAAAGAUUCUACAGAUUGAAUGUUCCUUAAAAACCUCUCAGGGGAUAUCAGCAUCAAAAAAAUUAAGAAUUAAGCACUUUAUGAAGACAAGGUCACCCAAAGAGACAAACCUAAAUGUGAUUAAUCAUGACCAUCACUCUCCUUUAACAACAAACGUCUAUAUGUAUAUUUUUUUAUGUAGGCAUUGUAAGUCUGUGAUCAUUUUGAUAAAACUGCCUUACUGAAAUGUAGUAAUGGUUUCCAUGAUAGUGCCAUAUUCAGAAUGACAGUCAUGACAUUUCUAAACAGAAAGAAAAUGCAAUUUAUAGAAACAGAUGAAUCUUUUAUUGAUGAACUCAGAGCUAGAUAUAUAAGGUGACAUGAACAUAUAUUGGCUCUUAAAUUCUGUCUUGCUGUUCAGUGGUCAAAAAUGUACAUUUAAAGAUACUAUUAAACCAAGACGAUGAGAGAGAUAAAGUCCAAUAAUAGAAGAUUUAUUUAACAGACUCUUCAUUGCUGCAAGCAGAAGAGGAUACGAUUGUUUACAUUUUUUCUAAAUGUUUGCUAGAAUAGAAAAAUUAAUUUUGCCAAGUCUUUAAAAUGUUUAUCUGGACUGUAUGCAUCCAUGCCUUUUUUUUACACAUAUUUAUGCACUUGGGCUGUUGGACUGCGCUUAAAGCAUAUCUAAACAUAAAAACAAACAGUUAGUAUAAUACAACCUACCAGUCCUGGCUGCAUUGGUUUUAUAUAUAUUUGGCUUUUUUUUCCCUUUAUGUUCACCUGGUGAUCCUGCCAGUAACACACUUCCUUGUCUUAGAGUGGCUACACUCACUGCUCCACUGUAUCUAUGGAGGAGCAAUGUACCCUCUUUAAAAGACAACAGCACUGCCAACCUGUGGAGAGGGCAGUGUUAGAUAGACUAGUGAAUUUAGAUGGAUUCUACGUGCUUGGCUAACAAAUUAAAGCAUGACUCCAGUUAACACUUUUUAAGCAGUUAUAAAAGCACAUCUGUUGGUGUUAAAUGGUUUGCCUCAACACUACACCUUUUCUGUACAGCUUGGUCCGGUAAAGGUUGUUUAAAAAUAACAAACAGGUUCAACAGGUAAUAAAACUAUGUCACUAGUAACUACUGACAGACUGCAUCAUAUAUGCCAUUUUGCCCAAAGUUUCACUUUAUAAAUUGGCACUGCAUGGAAAGUCCACAACUGUUUAUGUAUUUGCACUAUUUCCAAAUAUAGUAUAAUAAUGACUAGGUACAAAAAAAAAAAAAAAGCAGCAUCUACAUUUGCUGUUACUUGACUGAUUAAGGAUGAACAACCCAUAAGAGCUCCCGCGGGCUGCAAUUGUUGUGAGAUACACCUGUGCUCAUUGCCAGCCCUACCAGAUGGAUAGUCUGUGUAUAAAUAUGAUAUCUCUAACUAGUCGUAGGAACCCUUCUUACAUGAGUGCUGAAUUAUGAGGGCACCGAUUUCUUCCCCAGAAGAAUGAACUGAACAGCAUUAACCAGGCACGUCUAUGUGUGGCACUUACCCUCAUGUUGUAUGUUUUGUCUCUGCUGCCUAUUGAUUUGCACUGCUCUCCAAGAAGGUCCCACUGCUGAGAGAGAAAAUGUCAGGAAUGCUGCACAAAUAUAAUUCAUUGGUCAGCAAUUAUCGGUCUCAGAAUUUUUUUUUUAAUCAUCAUGAUAAGAGUUAACAUACUCUAUUAAGGCUUAAUAUACCCUUUGGUGAACUGCAUUAUUUGUCUAUGUGCAUUCAGUACUAGCCCUGCAAAAGUGGUGCAACAACAAUGCUGGAACACAAUGAUGUGUCUAAUGGGUACCCAGAAUUUUUGUAAAAAUAUUAAAAUUAAGAAAACAAAUGCAGUUAAAAAGAAAAUAGAUAUAACUAUGUUCUACUACCAAAGAUUUAUUGUUUUAAUUGUGUACUCCAUAGUAUACAUAUAUUUGUAAAGAUAUACCUUGUUACUGGUCUUUCAAUUUCAGUCAUUUUCUAUUUAAUGAUUGUACCAAAUAAAAGAAAAAAUGGUGCUAGUGUUUAGCAUUUUGAAUGCAAUUUUUGUGCACAUUUAAGAUGAUAAUACUGUAAGAAGUUGAAAAAAAUAUAUGUGUAAUUAAGUUUCUGUGAUUUGAUUCUGCCAUCACUACCACUAAACUAAUUUAUUUAAACUUUUUACGUGACCUUUUUAAAAGGCAUCCAACUGAUGCCAGGAAGAAAAGCACUUAAUUUUGCUGAAAAUUCACUAAUUAUUAUACAGAACUAUAUUCCAUUUUAGAAGAUUUGCUUUGUAAUAUUUUCAGUAAAAUGAAAAAACUGAAACAUUUUCAAUAAAAUUUAACAUAUUCAAUGUCUUUAUUUCCCAACGUUUUUAUUUUCUUUAUUCUUAAAAGCCAUUGAUUAAAAUGGCAAAUGCAGUGACACAAGGACUUUCACCGUGAGCAGCAACAAAUAUUUUCAAGACAGGCAUACUUAUUUAUAAAUUAUGUUAACAGUGCCAUUGUUGUCCUUUUAAAAACAAGAAUGGCUUUUUAAAAGCAAAAUGUUUACAAUAAAUGUUUUCUGUUA